CCCGCGCUUCUUGAGGGGUCGGAGCAGAGACGGGAGUGUACAGUUUGCGUUGUCAACGGCGCGAGUCGCACCAAAGUGCGAACAAUGAGUGCGAUUCAGUGCCUGGUGACUUACGGCACACACAAGAUCGUUGUCACUGUGGACGGAGAGCACCGGCGCCCCGAUUUAAUUCGAUGCCUUGCUCAAAAACAGGUAUUCGAAGGAGUGGACCUCGAACCAAGCCACAUCAUGGUCUAUCAUGCCGGGUUCGAAACAGAUGUGGACCUCACCGAUGACAUGAUCCUUGAAGACAAAGCACUUUUAAAAGUUGUGCAAGAUGAGCAGCAGUUCAGGAUCAUGGACGUCAUCAUGCAAGAUGAUCCUGGAACGUCCAGAGCUCCGUCAAAAAAAUCGUCGGAGUAUAAGCUUCCUCCCGUGCCCCUUGACAUCACACAGGCAAUGCGAAAGCAUACUAAAGGUCACUAUGUGGGUUGCAGAAGCAGACUGAUCCAGUGGCUCUACCAUGACCUGUGUCUGUAUGAUAUGUACCCAGAUAAACUGUAUGAGAAGGCUGCAAAGUGCCUUGUGGAUAUGUUCCCCACGCUUGCAGACACCACAGGAAGUGGACAUGACUCCUGGCGCCUCGCACUUCGCUUCAAGGCGAAGCGUGAACGUGUGAAACUUCGCCAGACGGAAGAAGGGUACGGCGAAAAUGGGGCUCCACCACGGAAGCAGCAGAAGCAGGCGAGGGUGCCAAAGGACCCGAAGCCUAAACGAGUGACAAGGCCUGGCACCAAUAUCGUGCUGCCAGCCGAUGGAGAGGACGAGGAGAGUUUCCAGGGCCAUGUCCUUGGCAUGGACAAGGAGAUGCAAAAGUCAAGCCCUAAUGUGGCCUAUAUAACGGACUCCUUGGCAAGGACGUUUCCCACACGGAGGUUGUGGGUCACAAGUCUUAACCCAAGUGUGGCGGAAAUCGUGGAAAAAUAUCCUGCUUUGAAGUGCGGCACCUUUCUCCAACAGGAGUUCACGGCAGCAACAGGCUGCACAAUAGAAGACAAGCUGCUGGAGGGGCUGUCCAACAGCAGCCUACGCAUCUUGGAGGCUGCCAGAAAGAAGAGGCACCUUGCCGCGUUCUUCGACGACCUCGACGGUCGUGCUGCAGGAGUGGACGCUGGUCCAGAAAAUGAUGUCUUGACCAUGGCUGCAUUGUACGUUUUGCCAUGCCUGGUGAAGGAAAGAAGUUUGACCUUUCUCCACCCAGAUGACCCAGCAGAACUUCCACCGUACCCGACGGUGGGUUAUGAGGGAGAUUUUUACCAGGCGGCGUCGUUCAUCGUUUCCGUCGAUGAACUGCGGAUUGAGGAAGCGACACUGUUGGGUGCCAUCAGUACAAUGAUGGCCAUGUACUGGGUAUUUAAUAUGGAGUUUUUACCAAAAUCGUCGAAGACGCUCCAGCUGCUGUCCCAUAUGGUUGGUGUAGAUUGUGCCCUUGCAGCUAGCCCACUUGUGCUGGUGGCGAAAGGAAUAAUUGAUGGCUAGGGUAGCGCAUGCUCUGAAGUUAUAGAGGAAAAGAGUGCAAAAGACAGGUAGGAGAACCAGGACAGGACAAACCGCUACUAUCAACUGGCAUUUUUUAAAAUAGAAAAAAAAAACUGAACAUUUUUUUUUUGUGAUAGAAAAGGGAGUUAAGGCUGUGCGUGUGCUCUGUUUCUUCUUUUUGUCUUGUGUGCGCCAAUGUGAAGACCCACGUGGUUGUUUUCGGGCACAUUAAAUAAACAAAUUAAUAUUAUUAAGGCUAGUGACUGUGCGCUAAUGCAGGCGGCCCCCCUCUGGCUCUGAUGAUUUGAGCCUCUUAGAUCUCCCUGGCUCUUGGGUUGUGUUGUUGCUUGGGGAUUCUGGUUCUAGGAAACCCAGGGGUGCAUUUGCACUCUCGGAUAUGUAAAGCGU